UGUAAAUACAUCUUCACAUUCAGUAACAUUUACCUAUAUGGUAGGUUAUUGUGACUGCAAAACAAUUUUGAAAAACUUUUGCACUGAUAAAUAUAAACUGAAUAUAAACCGAAUUCAAUAUGUUUUUUCUCUUUGUAAAUGAAUUCAUAUGAGAGGAAGAUAAAAGACUACUUAUACAUAUUCUGUUGCUAUAGUUAGAUGGUUGACCAAUGCCCCAGUCAAUAUUCAGUAAAAGACAUUGUUAAAGUUGUUUAUGUUUUCUUUCAUUAGAUAAGCAACGAUAUCUAAAUAACAUGUCAUUUUUAAUGCAACAUAAUAUGGGCUCUGGUAACAAACUGAACUUUUACACUCAUGUAAAGCUCCCUCAAUAGCCUCCCUCCGUGGCUCAACCUCUCAACCCUCCGACUGAUGCCGAACCAAGCCGAAGCCCGCCGACCACGACGUCAGCAUAUCUCGUUCUUUCGUUUUUCGCCUGCUGCGUGCGAAGGAGAGAGAGGAAAAAACGGCUCUCAGCAAAGCAACAAGAAGGAAGAGCAAUGGCGACACUGGAUCGCCAAAUACCAAGUCCGGAUACCUUCCUUUGCGAGCCUUGGUCUUCCUUCGUCAGUGCGGCUAAAUUACGUUUUGUUGACAACGCAGACUCCUCCUUGGAUAACAGCGACAAAGGGCUUUGCUGCCUCGGUGAAGCCGUGAAGCUCAGCAAAGAAGAGAUGUUUGUCUAUAGCCAGUUUCCAGCACUGGAGGAUUUUUCUCUUGUUGUCUGCCAUGUCUGCAAUAAGGUGGUCACUCCUCAGGGCAUACUCACGCACUAUGAGAAGCGCCACGGCUCCCCCAUCCCCUCCAGGAGCCCCCUGGUCCCCAUGAAGCCCAAAGCACCUGCUGUGGCCCCCGCUGUGGCCCCUAGUCCUGGGGACACGCUGGCCUUCAGGGUCCCUAAAGAUUACCCUCACUCCCGUUUCAGCAAGGCGCCACUUGCUGUCUAUCCACCAAAGGGAGCACGGAACAAGACAUGCGUAUCGCUUCCAGUCGUAAGCCUAGAGAAGAUGCCCUGCCUGAGCCGAACAGACUCGGCAUCGCAUGUGCGCCUCACCACCUCCUCCUCUGUCUCCCCUUCUUCCCUCAAACCUCCAUCCCUCACUCCCCCAGCUUCCCAACGCUCCAACGAAAAGCUCAUGAAUGGUCGCGGCAGCAGCGGGCCACCCACGCCGCGCUCUAUCACGCCUCCAUCCUCGUUGGAAGGGCGGCCCAGUAUGGCACGCUCUCCGCUGGACAGACGGCCGUCGUCUACACCCUCUCCCUCCCCGCUGGAUCGGAAACCCUCCCCGUCACCUUCACCCUCUCACCGAUCUGGCGCGAUGCCAUCAUCAUCGUCGUUGCUGUCGUCGCCGACGGCGGAGAAGAAGCACCAGAAUGGGACUAAAACUUCCUCCAGGUCGCACAAAAGACUCUCAGGGAGAGUGUUUGAUCCUAACAAGCACUGUGGAGUCCAGGACCCAGAGACUAAACGACCCUGCACGCGGUCUCUCACCUGCAAGACUCACUCCUUAACCCAUCGCCGAGCUGUCCCCGGCAGAAGGAAAAACUUCGACACCCUCCUGGCCGAACACAAGGGGCGGGCGAAGGAGAAGGACGGCGCGAAGGAGAAAGACAAAGACGGAGCGCAGGGAGGGAAGGAAGGCUGCGGCCACAGUGUCACGUCACAGGAGAUUCCCGGCAAGCCUCACUGCCCUAAUGGACGACCCCUGUCCACGCUGAAGCUUCGGCUGGCAAAUGCGCACAUACCCAGGGUUCCAGGCGGAUCCGCCACCUCCACCUCCAGUCCUUUGCCCCCAGCACCAGUCCCCGGCCUGGCCCCUAACGCAGAGCUAACCCCUCACAGCUGGGUGACGGCAGGGGGAGAUGGCGGCCGGCUUUCCAGUGACGAGGGAGACGCAGAGACUCCAGAGGACCCUGACAGACCUGCCGUUCACUACUCCAAUCACCACCCACAGCCUUCUGGGUUUUGCGUUUUCAGCAGCAGGCUCAUGGGACGGGGCCACUACGUGUUCGACAGGCGAUGGGACAGGAUGAGGCUGGCGCUCCAGAGCAUGGUGGAGAAACACCUCAACGCACAGAUGUGGAGGAAGGUGCCUCUGGCUGCUGAGAGCCUCCUCUCCCACUCCUCCUCCGGUACCUCCUCCGUCACUUCACAGCAGACUCCCUCUCCCACAUCUCUGACCUGCCCCUCCUACACCGUCACCUUCCCACAGUCCACGUUGGCCACAGCUGGGGUGUUCGGCAUCCGAGAGGCCUCACAACCCCUGACCGCCAUUUCCACACCGGGCAAAGCCCGUAACAGCACUCAUAAAGCCAGCCGCCCACCCAAAGACACAGAGGACUCUGCAGUGGGAUAUAAGAAGAGAAAAAACUCUUCCUACUUGUCUUCCUCCCUUACUUCUUCUCCUUCUUCCUUGUUUUCAUCUGUGGAUAAUCACAAGAGGAACGGCAGCAGCUAUCAUCCAACAUUUCAAGGUUCAGGGGGCACAGCUGCCUCCCAAGCCAGGAAAAAGGGACUUGGGCGUGGGGGAAGCGGGCUUUGGCGCAGCGGAGAUGACGGGCUAUCCAGAUCUGAUGGGUCUCAAAGCCACAACUCACAGAGCAGUCGCGAUCUUGGCACGACCAGUAUACCCUACUCGCCAUCCAGGGAGCCUGCCUCCACGCCUCAUCAGCCCCUGGCUCCCCCCUCUGGACCCCUGGCUUAUGGGGGAGAAGCCGAGGGGAGGAAGAGGAGGAGUCCCAGCUCUUACAGAGGGAAGGCCAGCAAGCUGAGCAGGCCGGGCGGACUGGAGAGCCUCUUUGGGAAAGGAAAUGACAUUGGAGGGAUACUGGCUUUGGGGCCGGAGUCCCCGAGACAGGCCAAGUUGCAUCACUGACAGGAACCUGUCUCAUGGACAGAAUGUUGGGCAGCUGUGCAGGCCACCACCGUUUGUGACCUUUGACCUCACCACUCUUCCACCGACAGCACCAAUCAAACUGCUUCAUCUCGGCGAUGUCACCCCUGUUUACCCAGUGACGGCUCAGUUCACCCGCUGUGAUACCGGGGCUCUGGAGUCUUCGCUCACAGUCGAGCUGGCAGUUUUACUUCCGUGCAUCACAGCGGUCGUGGUUUUCUCAGAAGACGACGGCGGAUUCCAAAAAAACUUAUCCUCUGAAAAGGGAAUAUGCCUCACAAAGUUUUCAAGGCAUUGUUAAUAAUACCACCUCUGUACAAUUUUUCAGAGGCAACUUUUUUUUUUCUUUUUUUUUCUGGUUGUUCUGACCAUGUUCCUGGUUGCUGUGGUUGGUCGGCGGACAAGGAAAGAGGUCUGCGAUUGUAUUUGGGAUUUAGAUGGUUGAAGGACCUACUGACACGACUACUGUAGGACUCUGACUUCAGCUACGCCACCUCACCUGCCCCCACCCCACCCCCCCACCCCUUUUACCCUUUUUUCUGUCUUUAGCAUUUUUCCCCCUCCUCAAAGAUGGAGGAGGCAACAGCAGUUUUAGUUGGGUUUUAUCCAGCUUUUUACUCUGCAUCAACCUCUUCCUUUUUUUCUAAUUUCUCUCCAUCUUUCUGGAGCAACUUUUUCCACAUCUCUGAAAUUCUCUCCUUUUUUUUUUUUUCCCAACUGUCUGUCCCUCAAUCCCUCUCCAUCCCAGCAUGCCCAUGUUCAAAGUGCACUUACUGGACUCGCAUCCCUCUUCACUGACUCCAGAGCAGUCUCCAGCAGUGCCACACAAGGGAAGAAGAAACGUCUGUGUUACCAACAACGCCGCGUCAAUGCAUUGUAAUUUCAGUAUAGGAAGAAUUUUAUUUGAAGAUUGUAUUUUUUUUGUUUUUCCUCCAUUCUGGUUUAAAUGUUGCAAGAAACACAAACUCCUGUGUGUGUGUGUCAGGACUUGCAUCCAAAAAGGAAUUAUUACUACGGUGUUGGAAUUUUUCUUUUUUCUUUUUUUUUUUGUAUAAUAAUUUAUGUUCUGAAAUGAUGUUUGUUUUCUUACUGACCAUUGAGGUUUGAGCUACAGAGACAUUUUGAGCAAAAAAUAAUUUCUAUGACAUUUUGAAGAAAAAUGUUGAAAGUAUUAUGGUAGUUCAUAUUGUUGAAAAUGUGUACAUAUCUGUUAUUAUUUUUGUAUUUAUUAAUAAUUGUCCCCUUUUACUAAAUAUCAGCUAAAAGAGGGAAUAUUUCGCCCUCCUACCUUGGUCUGUGUUAAAUAAUAUUGAUGAGAAUGGUCUGGUUUCUCAAAACCUUCACAAAUUUGUAAAUUAGCUUUAAGUUUAAUUAAUACUCACACACAGCCGGAUAUGAGCUUUGACUGUUUCAGUUUAUGUCAUUUCCAUUUAUCUGUGUUACCAGGUCACAACAACCUGCAGCAAAUUCUACAAAAUAGUUCUAAUAACUAAGUGUAGUUAAUUCUGGCUAAUUUUGUCCGACAAGAAAAGUCUUAACUCAAGGUCCACUCACAUUGCUUUUUCUAGAGCUUCAUCUGCAUCUCACAUGCUGUGUCCCAACUCCAUACUAAUUGUUUACGGUAUAUGUUAUUUACUAAUGACUGUAGUAUACUGUUUUUUUUUCCUGUUAGUAUCCAAGAAAUCAACAUAUUUAACUCUUCUAUACCAACAGGAAAUGAUACAAUAUAUGCACUGACAACAGGUCAGUCAAAUUGCUACUUUACAAAGCCGCUGCCGAUUUGACUUCCCAGAGAGAAAACAACAUGUUUGUUCCAAAGAUUAAAUACUGAAUUUUUCUAAAAUUUUCUGGAGCGGUUUCACCACUGCCCGCAAUUUAUUUACAGUUUUGCAGCUAUCCUACAUUUUCUAUGUGCAUUGCACUUUAGGCCAAUACCGUCCAUCAAACAGCACUCUCCAAAAAAAAAAAAAAAAAAAAAAAAAUGUAAUAUGCAUGCUGCAUUAUUUUAAUCUAUUCUUUUUUUUCCUCACUUUUACACUACACACUCAAACGCAGUGUUCAUCAGCAAAUUGAGUUUACUAAGCUGCCAUGAAGAUGGCUCAGUUGUCAUCACAUGACCUAAGUAUUUCAGUUCAAAGGUUAAGAAUGAACAUUGACGCUCAGUUAUGUUGUAUUUUGAAGUAUUUCCUACCAUUUACAGUGAUACCGACCAUAAUGGAAGACAGCUGUUACAGAGGACAUGGCCUACAUCACAACUUACUCUGUCAACAUGGUCUAUUUUUCCAUCCUGACACCAGAAAGUGGAGAUUCUCCUGCAAGCAUGAGGUCGGGGCUUCAUCCCCAUGUGCUGAUCAGGAUAUUUACCCCUUAUUUAGCUCUUAAAGGCUGACGAAAGAAUGUUAAGAUAAUUAUGUUACACAUAACCAUGUAAAAAUGUGAAAUAUGGCUGCACCAGGUAUCUAAGUAGUCCAGUGUCCCAUCUAAAAACUGUAUUGAUUGGUCAGUUCUGGUCAUAGUUACUGGCAGAGUCCCAUUUUGUUCUCAACAGGACUCCAUUCAAGACUUUGACAUCUUUAGAUGUUGCUCGAGCCCUGUAACAUAGAGAUGAUGGUACAAAAUGUCAUUGGACAGUUGGGCUUCUAUACUAGUAUUUCUUCCUGUCAUUAUUAGUGGAAACCACACCAGUACACAAAGUGUAUCUGAUGUACACUAAUGAAAAAAAAAAUAAAAAAGUUGGUUUUGUGAAACCAGGCAGUGCUUAGUAUUUUCAUAUAAAGGGCCCCACAUUCCUGUUUGCCUGUGGUUCUCCCCUUUUUCAUGUUUCUUCCAAUGUUCAGAACUAUAGUUUUAAACUGUCUUCAUCUUCUGAGGCCAAGUGCUGAGAUCGUCUAACAGCUCUGUGAUCAGUUUAGUGAUGCCGGUGUGGUGGUCUUUAUUUUACUGUAGAUACACAUGGUUUAGCUCGGUACUCGCAGUGUACAGUUAACACGCCUACAAUUACAAUAUUAACAUUUUUUCUUUUUUUUUUUUCCCACUAAUUUCUCUGUUUUGCAGCCUGUUGCCACCUGCCGUGCUUACACCUGUUAGAGUCUUCAAACCUGCUUUAAAAGACCAACAGAUACACUAGUAUAUAGAUGGUUCAUAUUGCUUUACCAGCUAAAAAAAAGAAAAAGAAAACCAUAGCGUGGUUGGAAAGUUUGAUUUUCCAGCUCACGUGUAUCUACAGAUCAAAGAUGAUGAUCUUAGCUCUGCGAUGGUUUUGGGAAACGCCACCCCACACUUACUGUCUAUAGUAAUAGAAAUGAGAAGUUAUAGUUUGUUGCAGCUAAAAUUAAGACAAAGCUCAUGGAUAUUGAUUUCGGAGCAGUUGUAUAUUGUCUUUGCUGUUAAAUUCUACGGAGGUUUUAACAGUUUAUUUUUCUGUUCUUUUUAAACCCUCCCUGUUCCUUUUUUUGCACUUUGUCAUAAUGCCCAGAUCUUUAAUCAACUUCUAUUUAUAUAAAUAUUUCAGAUAUAAAGAAAAAAAUUAUAUCUAUAUAUUUGUUAAAUUGUUUCUGGCAACUACAGUAAAAGAAGAUUAAGAGUGUAUUCUCGGUGAGUUGGCCCCUAAACCAGCACACCGUUUUUUUUUUUGUUUUUUUUUUAUCUGAUUCAAACUGUGGUCAAUGUUGAAUGUCUGAAAAAUUGUAAGAUUUGGGGUUUAUUCGGUCUCACUGAAGUUGGAUCAGAAAAUGGAUUUCCCAUCAAAACAAUUUAACACUUGCUGUAAAAAAAAAAAAAAAAAAAGGUCUUAUAUCCAAGCUUUUAUUAAAUGAUUGAAAGUG